UUGUUUGUAAGUUGGAAGAAUGGUCACGGCUAUGUCUGAACUUCCAGGGGAUUUGAUAAAGGAGAUAUUAUCUAGGGUUCCACUGUCAUCUCUUAGGGCACUGCGAUGCACUUGUAAAACGUGGAAAGCUUUAUCAAAAAACCAUAUCGUUGGUAAAACAGACGCAGGGAGCACGUUUCUAGGGUUCACGGUGAUGGAUUAUAUGCUUUGUUCAAUGAAACUUGAUCUACAAGGAACCCGCGACGACAACGGCAACUUGGUUUAUCUUCCCUCUGUUAACAGAGUAUGGUUACUUGAACAAGCUGAGAUAUGUGAAGUCUUUCACUGGGACGGCUUGCUGUUAUGCGUCAUCAAAGAUGAGAGGCGGCUUCUUGUGUGGAACCCGUAUUUGAGACAACUCAAGUGGAUCGAAACCAGGGACAAACUCCAUUCAUCAUACAUGUAUGGUCUCGGAUACGAAAACAACAACAACAACAACAAUCGUAACCACAAGAUUUUGAGGCUUUUCGAUGUUAAUAAGUCCCCAGAACUUGGUCCCCUUUUCGAAAUCUACGAUUUUAAUUCAAAUUCAUGGAGAGUUCUUAAUGUCGAUCCCGGCAACUGCAUUAUAAAAAGUGGCGUGUCUCUCAAGGGAAACACUUAUUUUUUGGCUAUGGAAAUUCGGUUAGAAGGGUCUGUUGUUGUUACCGGUCAAUAUUUCUUACUCUGUUUCGAUUUUACAGCAGAGAGGUUUGGACAGCAUCUUGUUCUGCCGUUUGGUGCUGGUGUUGGGUUUACAAAAACCGUGGUUCUUUCUAGUGUUAGAGAUGAGCAGCUCGCCGUGUUACAUCAACCCGAAGUCAGUAAUGUAAUGGAGUUUUGGAUUACGAGCAAGAUUGAGCCCAAUGCUGCAUCUUGGACCAGGUUCUUGAGAAAGGAGAAGAUACCGCCUAGCUUUGUGGCUGAGAGUUUCUUCAUUGAUGAGGAGAAGAAACUGGCUCUUGUUUCCGGAUUCCUUAACUUCUAUGGAAAAAUUUACAAAAGAGCUUAUAUCAUUGAAGAACAAAGAGACAUCGAAUCUGUUGAGGAGAUAAGAACAGCUAGGGAACCUGGAAACAAACUUGUAUUCUCUUCUUAUGCUCCAAGUUUGGUGCAAGUACAAAUCAACGGACGGGGCAAAAGGAAAGAAAGAGAUUACUAGAUUUAAGUAGCAAUGCUUGUUCCUUUAAUUGUGUCAUCUCCAUCUAAAAAAUAAUACUGAUACUCAACUAUUAAACCUUUGUGUUUUACAAUUGGUCUGUUGUGUUUGUCUCUCCUUUUUUUUGUAACUAAGUUUGUCUCUCCUUUUGCAGUCUUUACUUUCGUGUGCUGAGUUUGCCUGAGACAAUGAGUUUCGAAGUGUAAUUAAGUCAUGU